AUGUAUUGUAAGAAUUUUAUUGCUAUCAGAAUCAAAAACUCCGUUCAAGUGUCAAAAUCUAGUAUGAAAUAUUUAAUAUUCGUGAUUAUCAUUGUGUUAUCAGCUGUUUCUAUUGUUCAUUGCUGUCAAGGUCAUCAUCAUUGUAAUUCAGAUGAAUAUUGUGACUACGAAACCAAAGAGUGCCUAAACGGUUGUCGACGAGAUUAUUACUGUGAACCUGACAAAUAUUGUGAUAAUGGUGAAUGCAAAGUUGGAUGUCGGAAUGAUACCAACUGUAAUAAAAACGAAUUUUGUAAUUAUUAUAGUAGAAAGUGUGACAAGAAAUGUCAAGAAGAUUCAAGUUGCUACGAAAAUCAAUACUGCGACAUCAAUAUUCAGCUAUGUAAAAUUGGAUGCCGAUCAGAUGAAAGUUGCCAAUCUGAUGAAUAUUGCAAUCAAACAUCAAAAGAAUGUAUAAAAGGAUGUCGAUCACAUGAAAGUUGCAAAGAACGAGAAUUUUGUAAUACAUUCAAAAAGUGUGAGAUUUUAUGUUCAAAUGAUACACAAUGUGAGCCAAAUAAAUAUUGUGACUAUGUUGAUUCAAAAUGUAAAGUCGGUUGCCAAACAGAAUCUUGCAAAGACGAUGAAUAUUGUCACAAAUUAACUAGAAAUUGCACUACAGGAUGUCAAUCAGAUGAAUCAUGUAGCCUGGAUCAAUAUUGUAACAGAUCCACAAGAAAAUGUACAGAUGGAUGCAGAUAUAACAAAGAUUGUACAGCAGAUGAAGUUUGUGAUGAUCAUAAAUGUAAAAUUCGAUGUCGAUCACAUAAAGAUUGUGGAUUACAUAAGAAGUGUGAUCCUAAAACACAAAAAUGUUUUGAUGGAUGUGGAUCAAAUGAAAAUUGCGAGUCUGGUAUGUACUGUGAUAGAAGUAUCAAAAUUGGCAACAAUUGUAAAAUAGGUUGCCGUCAUGAUGAAAAUUGCAAAGCAAAUGAAAUAUGUCAUUGGACAAAUCAAUGUACAGUUGGAUGUAGAAAUGAUAACUCAUGUAAAUCAAAUGAAUAUUGUAAGUAUGCUGUGUGUACAAUCGGAUGUAGAUCAGAUAAAAGUUGUGGUUCUGGAGAAUUUUGUAGCUGCAACAACAAAUGUGUAGUUGGAUGCAAUAAUGACAAUCAAUGCGCUUCUAAUCAAUAUUGCAAUCUAUUGUCAUAUAAAUGUCGAACAGGAUGUCGUACCAAUGAUAAUUGUGAAAGAAAUAAAAUAUGCGUUAAUUCAACAAGAAGAUGUGAAAUAGGUUGUAGAUCUGAUGAUGAUUGUGAAUCAGCUGAAUAUUGUUAUGGAGGUAAUUGUGUUCCUGGAUGUAGAUCAGAUGAGUUCUGUUCAGAAAAUGAAUAUUGCGAAGAAACACUCAACUGGAUAAAAUUAUCAAUUAAUGGAUCAAAUGAAAUUGACGAAUGUAACAAUACACGCACAAUCUUUUAUCCAACUCGGAACUGUAAAGUCGGUUGUGGUGAACAUAAAUGCAAGGAAAAUGAAUUUUGUCAAGGAUGGAAUAGACAAUGUAAAAUUGGAUGUAAAUCAGAUGACAAAUGUGAGGAUGAUGAAUUCUGCUACUUUGGUAACUGCCGUAAAGGAUGUCGAAGAAAUUUAGAUUGCGGAGAGAAAGGAAUUUGUUUAUAUCCUGAUGGAAAAUGUUUAACUAAAUGCACAUACAAUCUGGAAUGUCAACCUAAUGAAUAUUGUUGUCCUGGUGUUAAUUAUUGCAGAAUCGGAUGUAGAUCACACGAAGACUGUCAAUGGGAUGAAUAUUGCAAAGUUAAUCCACAGUCAAACAUUGAAGCUCAAGAAUGUCAAAAUGGAUGUCGUGAUGAUGAUAGCUGUGACAAUAAUGAAAUAUGUAAUUUGGGAACCAGAAAAUGUGAAGCUGGUUGCGAAAAAGAUAAACACUGUAAAUCAAAUGAAUAUUGUGAUUCAUGGAAUAAAAUAUGUAAGAUUAGACAGCAUGUUAAAAAGUACCAACCUUUAGUAUCAUGUUGGUAUGAAGGAGAAAGUACAUGCAAACAUGAUCAGUACUGCGAUUACAAGGAUUUUAAAUGCAAAGAUGGAUGUAGAUACGACAAUUAUUGUAACAAGGAUGAAUAUUGCAAUAAAGCUACAAGGAAUUGCACAAAAGGUUGUGCUGAAGAUUCAAAUUGUAAUAAAAAUGAAGUCUGCAAUUUCAAUACAAAACAAUGUGAAAUUGGAUGUAGACGUGACGAUCAGUGUAAGGAUGAUCAAUAUUGUGAUAUAUUUGCUCUAAGAUGCAAAGUUGGAUGUAAAUCUAAUGAUUAUUGUGCAUUAGAUGAAUUUUGUGGCAUAAACACGCGAGAAUGUAAAAAAGGAUGUCGUGGAGAUGAAAGUUGUAGCACCGAUGAAUAUUGUUAUAUGCAGAAGCAUCAAUGCAUAAAAGGAUGUCGUGGAGAUAACAGCUGUGGUCAUGAUGAGUAUUGCGAUAUGUCUAAACGAGAAUGCAAGAAAGGGUGUCGUGAACGAGGAAGCUGUUAUUUUGGUCAAGCAUGUGACAAAAAGACACGCAAGUGUAGAUACAGAUGCAAUCGUUAUACUUAUAGUUGCGGAAUGAAUGAAUACUGUGACUAUUACUCAAAAUUUUGCAUGCCUGGUUGCAUCAUGAACAGUAAAUGUGAAGAUUAUAAGUUUUGUAACUUUUCAAACCGAACCUGCAUUGAUGUCUGCGAAGGGAGUAACUGCGAUGAAAAUUCUAAAUGUGUCUCAGAGAAGCAUGUUCAAUAUUGCUCAUGUCUUGAAGGAUAUUUCCCAGAAAACGGUAUUGGAUGCAGAUUAAAAUUAGAAAGUGAUAGUUUUUCAAAUAAAAAUUGUUCAUUGUAUUGUGGUGCUGGGAGCAAGGGGUUUAUAGGUUACAGGUGUGUUGAACUCCACUUCGUUGCACUUCGUUACGUUCAACUGUUUAUAGAUUACAGUAGGUUUAUAGGUUACAGGUGUGUUGAACUCCACUUCGUUGCACUUCGUUACGUUCAACUGUUUAUAGAUUACAGUAGGUUCAUAGGUUACAGGUGUGUUGAACUCCACUUCGUUUCACUUCGUUACGUUCAACUGUUUAUAGAUUACAGUAGGUUCAUAGGUUACAGGUGUGUUGAACUCCACUUCGUUUCACUUCGUUACGUUCAACUGUUUAUAGAUUACAGUAGGUUUAUAGGUUACAGGUAUUACAGUAGGUUCAUAGGUUACAGGUGUGUUGAACUCCACUUCGUUUCACUUCGUUACGUUCAACUGUUUAUAGAUUACAGUAGGUUUAUAGGUUACAGGUAUUACAGUAGGUUCAUAAGUUACAGGUGUGUUGAACUCCACUUCGUUGCACUUCGUUACGUUCAACUGUUUAUAGAUUACAGUAGGUUCAUAAGUUACAGGUGUGUUGAACUCCACUUCGUUGCACUUCGUUACGUUCAACUGUUUAUAGAUUACAGUAGGUUCAUAGGUUACAGGUGUGUUGAACUCCACUUCGUUUCACUUCGUUACGUUCAACUGUUUAUAGAUUACAGUAGGUUCAUAAGUUACAGGUGUGUUGAACUCCACUUUGUUGCACUUCGUUACGUUCAACUGUUUAUAGAUUACAGUAGGUUCAUAGGUUACAGGUGUGUUGAACUCCACUUCGUUUCACUUCGUUACGUUCAACUGUUUAUAGAUUACAGUAGGUUUAUAGGUUACAGUAGGUUCAUAAGUUACAGGUGUGUUGAACUCCACUUCGUUGCACUUCGUUACGUUCAACUGUUUAUAGAUUACAGUAGGUUUAUAGGUUACAGGUGUGUUGAACUCCACUUCGUUUCUUUCCGUUACGUUCAACUGUUUAUAAAUUACCAGUUUUCAAUGGGAAAUUAGUAACGACUUUCAAAAUUUUUCAUUCGUUUUAUAAAAUUUAAUUUUUUUAAAGCAUUCAUUAGUAAAAUUUUGUGUUUAUCUGUACCAUUUCUACUUCAUAACGUGUGGAUUCUUACUAUAAAGAUGCAAAUCACAUAUGUAACGUAUUUAUAACGGAUUUUCAAAUUUAAAUUCAAUGAAUAUCAUUUAUA